CACCAAAAUCUACCUCGGCCAUCUUCGGUCUUUUGCUUAAAGUACUCCCGCAAGAGCGUUGAUUGGUUGUUUUAUGUCACAUGUUCAGGAUGUUUCCUUUCACCAGCAUUUCUCUUGUCGUCAUCAACAUUAAAGCAUGAGAGGACCUGCGGAAUAUUACAAUAAAGUUGUUCAAUUGCUGUAACUAACUUUCUGGUUUAUAAUGUCAACAUUCACAACUAUCCAGUUACCGCGUUGGGAUGGUGGCAAGCUGAAAGUUCGCUUCAUAUACUUGUCAAAUAGAAGCUCUUUCAAAGUGACGAGCUGUCCUAUCGAGGGAUCAAUGGUUCCUCUCUUUUUAGGGGCUGAUCUCUUCUCAAACACUGAUAUCCGCACAGAGAACCAUCCCAGAUAUCAUGCAAAGUUUGCAAAGAAAGGAUUGGCAACUAAACUAAAUUUCUCCUCAGCUUUUAGAUUCCAUGGACUGAGGGUACCCACUGCCAACAAUUGCAUGUGGUUCUACAGCAUCCAAGGUGUUUUUCGAGUGGCAUUUGAAAUGUAUAGUAAACAAGAGCAGCUCUCUGUGUUGGAGAACUUUCAGGAGAUAUGGAAGUCCCGCCUAAAUGACAUCCCACUAAAGAUGAACUACAACCUGAGUGUCCAGCUGGAUCCUCCACCACCCCAGAUUGUUGUGGAGAUGUAUGACCAAGACCUAAAGCUCAAACUUAUGUCCCGGAAUCCCCAAGUUUACCCAUCUCCAUCUGUGGAAAUCCCAGAGGCAGACACAGGCACUUCAGGUGACACUUCAGCAGACCACGAUUACUGCGUUCUGCCAAAUGAGAGUAUGCCAGUCCAUCUAUGUCCCUCCAUCUUAAGUCAAAAACUGCAGGGCUUGGAGGAAAAGCUGAGCUCUGAGAAACAGCUGGGGACCGACCAGCAGGAGACCAUACUGCUUCUGUUGGAGAGCAUUGAGCGCUGUGUGAGCAGGCCCCUGGAGGAGAGGGAUGUGGCAGACAUUGUACUAGCUCUGCUAGAGGCUCGGAAGUGGGGCUCUGUGUACUCCAGCCACCUGCUUCACUCUAUAGGCUGCUGGCUUGGCCAGCAGUUCCAUGGAGCCAACAGUAGUAUCAGCCAGCAGGUAGAGGGCUUCAAGGUGCGACACAUAGAGCGAAUCACAGAUCUGCCACCUGCAGAGGAACUGGCCUCAGAGCUUUUUCCAGAGGCCAUGCGAACACUGCUGCUCCACUGGAUGGGUCUGAGUGAUGACUCAACCCUGUGGAAGAGACAGAGUGAGUACCCCAUCCUGCUCCUAAUCCUGGAGUUUGCCAACCACAACCUCAUCACUGGUGUUGCACAUGUGCUUUACUCAAGUCUUAAGGUGAAUUUAGAUUAAGUACCAAAGAAAGUAAAACUACUGUUGUAAAAAUUACUUAAAAGUAAAUUAGUUACUUUUAAAAUUAAAACAUUGAUUUAAUUGAUAAUUAGCCAUUUUUUUUCCCACCCAAACAUUGUUACCAUAGAGAUCAUGUUGAAUUUCUAUUAUUACUAUUCUAGUUCCUAAUUUGUUACACAUGAUCUUUUCCAUGCAAUUACUUUCAAAGAGGAAUUUAAUGUAAAGUCUCAUUAGAAAUGAGGUGUUGUUUUUGGUGUAACAGUAAUGUUAUAGGUCUACUAUGCUAUGGUAUGUAUUAUAGUCGGUUCUGUUAUGUAAAAUGCAAAUGAUCAAUGUGAUCUUGCAAGACAUUGAUUCAGCUUUGAUCUAACAUUUCUAAAUGAGCACCAUUGUGAGAAGUGAUCUUCUAUUCGUAAUAAUAAUAUGAGUAUGACUAUUAGGCAUAUGUAAUAGAUCUUUAUGAGAUGUCAUUUUAAGCAAUUGGAGCACCCUUCAUGGUGCUGAAAGUACAGCGCCAGGGUUGCACUGUUGGGGCAAAAUGGUUUUGUUAGUCUAAUGCCAUGUAAAUGCUUGAAUUGAAUAGUACUUUACACUAGUAAUUGUCCCUGCAAUUGCUUCAAUAAACUCUUAUGGCUGAUUCCUGGAACAAGUUUUAUUCAAGCAAUUUACCCAGACAAAAAAAAGUCCAUGAUUUGUGGGAUUUUCACAAAAUGUAGUCCAUAGAAUAGUCCUUCGGAGGAAGAAUUGUUGACAUACAGUGCAUUCGGAAAGUAUUCAGACCCCUUGACUUUUUACACAUUUUGUUACGAUAGAGCCUUAUUCUAAAAUUGACAAAGUAAAAACAGGUUUUUACACAUUUUUGUAAAGAAAAACCUCACGUUAACAUAUGUAAUCAGACCCUUUACUCAGUACUUUGUUGAAGCACCUUUGGAAGCGAUUACAGCCUCGAGUCUUCUUGGGUAUGAUGCUACAAGCUUGGCACACCUUUAUUUUGGGAGUUUCUCCCAUUAUUCUCUGCAGAUCCUCUCAAGCUCUGCCAGGUUGGAUGGGGAGCGUCGCUGCACAGCUAUUUUCUUGUCUCUCCAGAGAUGUUAGAUUCGGUUCAAGUCGGGGCUUUGGUUGGGCCACUCGGGGACAUUGAGACUUGACCCGAACCACUCCUCUGUCUUGGCUGUGUGCUUAGGGUCAUUGUCCUGUUGGAAGGUGAACCCUCGUCCUAGUCUGAGGUUCUGAGCGCUCCAGAGCAGGUUUUCAUCAAGGAUCUCUCUGUACAUUGCUCCGUUCAUUUUUCCCUCGAUCCUUACUAGUACCUCAGUCCCUGCUGCUGAAAAACAUUCCCACAGCAAGAUGCUGCCACCACCUUGCUUAACCUGGCGCCAUCCCUACGGUGUUCUCCAGACAUGAUGUUUUUCAUUCAGGCCAAAAAGUUCAAUCAUGGUUUCAUCAGACCAGAGAAUGUUGUUUCACAUGGUCAGAGUCUUUAGAUGCCUUUUGGCAAACUCCAAGCGGGCUGUCAUACUUUUUUACUGAGGAAUGGCUUCUGUCUGGCCACUCAACCUUAAAGGCCUGAUUGGUGGAGUGCUGCAGAGAUGGUUGUCCUGGAAGGUUCUCCCAUCUCCACAGUGGAACUCGAGCUCUGUCAGAUUGACCAUUGGGUUCUUGGUCACCUCCCUGACCAUGGCCCUUCUCCCCCGAUUGCUCAGUUUGGCAGAGCGGCCAGCUCUAGGAAGAGUCUUGGUGGUUCCAAACCUCUUCCAUUCAAGAAUGAUGGAGGCCACUGUGUUCUUGGGGACCUUGAAUGCUGCAGACAUUUCUUGGUACCCUUCCCCAGAUCUGUGCAUCGACGCAAUCCUGUCUCGGAGCUCAACGGACAAUUCCUUCGACCUCAUGGCUUGGUUUUUGAUCUGACAUGCACCGUUAACUGUGAUACCUUAUAUCGACAGGUGUGUGCCUUUCCAAAUCAUGUUCAAUCAAUUGAAUUUACCACAGGUGGACUCCAAUCAAUUUGUAGAAACAUCAACAUCAACAAGGAUGAUCAUUGGAAACAGGAUGCACGUGAGCUCAAUUUCGAGUCUCAUAGCAAAGGGUCUGAAUACUUACACUACCAUUCAAAAGUUUGUGGUCACUUAAAUGUCCUUGUUUUAGAAAAAAAGCACACUUUUUGUCCAUUUUAAAUAACAUCAAAUUGAUCAGAAAUACAGUGUAGUCAUUGUAAAUGACUGUUGUAGCUGGAAACAGUUGAUUUUAAUGGAAUAUCCCAGAGGCCCAUUAUCAGCAACCGUCACUCCUGUGUUCCAAUGGCACGUUGUGUUAGCUAAUCCAGGUUUAUAAUUUUAAAAGGCUAAUUGAUCAUUAGAAAACCCUUUUGCAAUUAUGUUAGCACAGCUGAAAACUGUUGUGCUGAUUUUAAAGAAGCAAUAAAACUGGCCUUCUUUAGACUAGUUGAGUAUCUGGAGCAUCAGCAUUUGUGGGUUCGAUUCGAGGCUCAAAAUGGCCAGAAAUAAUUAACUUUCUUCUGAAACUUGUCAGUCUAUUCUUGUUGUGAGAAAUGAAGGCUAUUCCAUGUGAGAAAUGAAGGCUAUUCCAUGCGAGAAGUUGCCAAGAAACUGAAGAUCUCGUACAACGCUGUGUAUGAUUCCCUUCACAGAACAGGGCAAACUGGCUCGAACCAGAAUAAAGAGUGGGAGGCCCCGGUGUACAACUGAGCAAGAGGACAAGUACAUUAGUGUCUAGUGUCUAGUUUGAGAAACAGAAGCCUCACAUGUCACCUCUGAUGCUCCAGUUACUCAACUAGAAUAAAGAAGGCUUUUAUUGCUUCUUUAAUCAGCACAACUGUUUCAGCUGUACUAUCAUAAUUGCAAAAUGAUUUUUUUUAACGAACAAUUAGCUAAUCCAAGUUCAUAAUUUUAAAAGGCUAACACAACGUGCCAUUGGAACACAGGAAUGAUGGUUGCUGAUAAUGGGCCUAUGUAUAUAUUCCAUUUAAAAAAAUCUGCCGUUUCCAGCUACAAUAGUCAUUUACAACAUUAACAAUACUCUGUAUUUCGGAUCAAUUUGAUAUUUUUAUGGACAAAAUAAUUUGCCUUUCUUUCAAAAACAAUCAUUUCUAUGUGACCCCAAACUUUUGAAUGGUUUUGAAUGUAAAUAAGUGUUUUAUUUUUUGUAAUUAUGGGGUAUUCUGUGUAGAUUUGAGGGGAAAAAAAUAACUACUGCAACUAACAAAAUGUGGAAAAAUUCAAGGAGUCUGAAUACUUUCUGAAUGCACUGUAUGUGACAUUUGAAUCUUUAAGCAUAGUAGAGAAAUAAUUCAUCAUAAAUUGGCAUAUUUAUGACUGUUUGGCCUUCCCCAGGUCUCCUUUAAGACUCCAUAAUGUUUCAUCUGUAGACGCUACAAAGCAAACAUUGGUGUCAUAUGAAGCUUUACAGAUUGCUCUGUAAUAUGAGUAGUAUUUUGAUUUCAAAAACGUUUUACAUUAAUUUGAAUAUUUUUAAUUGAAAUAAAGACUACUCAUAUUAUAGAGCAAGUGGUAAAGCUUCAUGACACCAAUGUUUGCUUUGUAGCACUUACAGAUAAACAUGGAGUCUUAAAGGAGACCUGGGUAAGGCCAAAAUGUUAUAAAUAUGUAAAUGAUUAUGGUACAACAAAGCAAACAUUGGUGUCAUGACGCUUUAUCUGUAAUAAAGUAGUAUUUUGAUUUUGAAAAACUUGUUACAAGAAUUUAUGAAUAUUGAAAAAUAUAAACAUGAAUAUUUUAAAACAA